CCGCGCCAGCGGCGCAUCAACGGCGGGCGGCGCGCGGGAGCCCCGAUGGCGGCGGCAUCACGCGCGACGGCCGACGCGUGCAGCGCGAUCACCCGCGGCGGCGAGCCCGGAGGUCGCCUGCCGCAUUGGGCGCAGCCCGGCAACGUCCCGGGCAGCUUCCGGGCGGCCGUGGCUGUGCGGAGAAGACAUUCGCUACAUUAUCAAAAGUACGGCAGACACUUGUCUGCUACUUUUUAA